AUUUUACCGAAUAAGUGAUUAUUUUCUACCAAUCAUAAAGAUAUUGGAACACUUUACUUUAUUUUUGGUGCAUGAGCUGGAAUACUUGGAACAUCACUAAGAUUAAUGAUUCGAUCAGAAUUAGGUACUCCUGGUUCAUUAAUUGGAGAUGAUCAAAUUUACAAUGUGAUUGUAACAGCCCAUGCAUUCAUCAUAAUUUUUUUUAUAGUUAUACCUGUUAUAAUUGGUGGAUUUGAAAAUUGAUUAGUUCCAUUAAUACUAGGUGCCCCAGAUAUAGCAUUUCCACGAAUAAAUAAUAUAAGAUUUUGAUUACUCCCGCCUUCAUUAUUACUACUACUAAUAAGAAGAAUUGUAGAUAGAGGAGCAGGAACAGGAUGAACAGUUUAUCCUCCAUUAGCAGCUAAUGUUGCACAUAGAGGUUCUUCAGUUGAUUUAGCUAUUUUCAGAUUACAUCUAGCUGGAAUUUCUUCAAUUUUAGGAGCAGUUAAUUUUAUUACAACUGUAAUAAAUAUACGACCCCAAAAAAUUAAUAUAGAUCAAUUACCUUUAUUUGUAUGAGCAGUAAAAAUUACUGCUAUUUUACUUUUACUAUCCUUACCAGUUCUUGCUGGAGCAAUUACUAUACUUUUAACAGAUCGAAAUUUAAAUACUUCAUUUUUUGAUCCAGCAGGAGGAGGUGACCCCAUUCUUUAUCAACAUUUAUUUUGAUUUUUUGGACAUCCAGAAGUUUAUAUUCUUAUUUUACCAGGAUUUGGUAUAAUUUCUCAUAUUAUUAGACAAGAAAGAGGAAAAAAAGAAGCCUUUGGGACUUUAGGAAUAAUUUAUGCAAUAAUAGCUAUUGGACUUUUAGGAUUUGUAGUUUGAGCUCAUCAUAUAUUUACAGUAGGUAUAGAUGUUGAUACUCGAGCUUAUUUUACUUCAGCAACUAUAAUUAUUGCUGUUCCCACUGGAAUUAAAGUAUUUAGAUGAUUAGCAACUUUUCAUGGAACCCAACUUUUUUAUAGACCUGUCUCUCUUUGAGCUUUAGGAUUCGUUUUUUUAUUUACUGUAGGAGGAUUAACAGGAGUAGUUUUAGCUAAUUCAUCAAUUGAUAUUAUCCUUCAUGAUACUUAUUAUGUAGUUGCUCAUUUUCAUUAUGUAUUAUCUAUAGGCGCAGUAUUUGCAAUUAUAGCAGGAAUUGUACAAUGAUUCCCUUUAUUUACAGGACUUACUCUUCAUAAUAAAUAUUUAAAAAUUCAAUUUUUAAUUAUAUUUAUUGGAGUUAAUAUAACCUUUUUUCCCCAACAUUUUCUAGGAUUAAGAGGAAUACCACGUCGAUAUUCAGAUUAUCCUGAUGUCUUUACUCUAUGAAAUGUUGUUUCAUCAAUUGGAUCUUUAAUUUCCUUAGUAAGAGUAACACUAUUAAUUUAUAUUUUUUGAGAGGCCUUAGCUGUUCAACGUAAAAGACUUUCUUCCACUAGAAUAGUAACUUCUAUUGAAUGAUUACAACAUUUUCCACCAGCAGAACAUAGAUAUUCUGAAGUUCCGGCUUUAACAGGAAAUU